AUGUUCGUUUACCUCAGACAUGGAGACAACCAGCAGUUCCUGGUCAACACCAACUGUCCCAUCAUCCUACUGCUGCAGCACAUCAAGGCAAAGCUGGAGCUGGCCGAGACCGAGCUGGUGGAUCUGUGUGAUGACAGCGGGGCCCUGAAGCUGCUCUUCCUGUCCCAGCAGCCUCAGGAGUGCGCCCGGCAACAGCUGCCUCCUCGCUGCUCCUUCACCAUCUGCGCUGUCCACCGUGAGUGGAUGGAGGAUGGUGCUUUUGUCUCCAUCUCACCCCUACUAGCUGACCCUGAACCUGCACUGCUGGAGGCCCUGCAGGCUCAGACAGUCAGUCUGGAGAAGGCUCGGCUGAGGCAGCUCCGCCCUCAGGAGGAUCUCAGGGGGCCGGCGGGGAAGGCGCAGAGGGCCAAGGGGCGUGGCCACGCUCUGCAACCGGACCCCUCAGCAGAGGAGUCACCCCGCAAGACUGGAAGCCGGAAACGGAGGACCUGA